AUGAGUAAUUUUAUUUCAUCUGCCAAGGUUGGCUCGCGCAUCUUAGAAGACGUGCCAUCUGUGAAGAAAACUAUAUUGGAUGCUUUUUCUUCUAGGUUUAGGAAAUUUGAAAGUACAAUGCCGAUGCUCCAACUGUUUGAUUGUCCUAAGCUUUCAUUGGCGAAUCGUGAGAUUCUCCAUGAAGAGUUUUCUGCAGAAGAAAUUUUUGAAGAGUUUCAUGGUACAAAGGUUCUCCCAAAGGCUCUAUUGUCAUCCUGCAUCGCUUUGGUACCGAAGAAUAUCAAUCCUCAAGGGUUAGAGGAAUAUCGUCCAAUAAGUCUUGUUGGAUGCAUUUAUAAGGUUAUCUCCAAGAUUUUGGCUGCAAGGUUGGGAAAGGUCAUUAGCGAGUUAGUUUCACGAAGUCAAACAACGUUUAUCCCGAGUAGACAGAUAUUAGAUGGUGUUUUGGAAAUCAACGAGAUAAUAGACUUAGCUACAAGAAGGAAGCGAAGCUGCAGAUCAAUUUUUGGAAGAGUUGUAUUUAUGGAGUACGUGUAG